CAGCUUAACAGGAAGCACGGCAUUUUCCGGAACAGUCUUCAGACCGGAGCGUUUCCACGUGUUUGUUUUUCCGUCGAACGAUCGCCGGCUGUUUAGUAUUCUGAUAUCGGUGUUUUUCCUGGAAAAAUUGUGAGCGAAGAUGGAGCUGAGAUUGGUGCUGGUCGGGAUUUGUUGGGUGUCUACAGUUUUAUCAGUUCCAAUUCUGAACGACAACAUCUCGAACAAAUUAGAUGACUUGGACGAUGUAGAAGUAAUUGAUGAUGAUUUUACAACGAGGAGUUUGGAAAGAUUGAGUUCAGCAGCAACUUGUCUAGUAGCAGGGAUAGAAUACACUCAUGGGCAGCAAAUCAAUCGAAUUGACCCUUGCGAAUUCUGCCUUUGUCUGGAUGGAGAAAUGUUUUGUUGGUGGCAAGACUGCCCACCUGCAACAGAGGGUCCUUGCAAGGAUCAAGGUCCUUUCUCCCAGUGUGAUAACAUCAUAGCAACCAAAACUCCUUCAUCAACCACAAAAGGUAAAAUAACAACUCAAAGAAGCCUAUCUACACACUCAUCGACUUCCAAAACUUCAAUAACAGAUACAUCCACCAGUCAAGACAAUAGAAGCACACCAACAAGCACUAAAACAACUUCUGUUACAAAAGCAGAAACAUCCACGAAAGGUAUGCAGGAUAGCACUACGACUAAUAAUGAAACCAGCACAACUAUACAACCUCUAGCUCCGAAAUUUUGUGUUGUCAUGGGGGUGGAGUAUAGAAUAGGCGAUAAACUUCCUCAUGACACAGGAAACUGCGUAGAGUGUAUAUGUGGCGAAGGGGCAAAAAUAACAUGUUCUCCACACCAAUGUGCACCUUUAGGAGAAGAAAUAAAUGAUUAUCGUCCACCAGAGCCAAGACUAGCUGCACCUGACUCAUUUUAAUAGAUACUUGUAAAGGAUUUGUUAAUAUAAAUGAUAGCCAACAUGCUUUGAGAAUGAUUGAUCUCAUAUAUUCGUUUCUUGAUAUUUUGUCAUUGGUGUUAAAUCACCUGUUGACAAUGUUUUUUUUUGAGAAAUAUGAACGCAUCACUCUCAUUUAGGGUUUUCCAAAAAUGAUUCAAUUUUGAAUGGUUAGUUUGACAACACUGUGUUAUUAUCAGACAUUCCUUAUGUCACUUGUGUUCGGUAGGUUAUGCAAUUUAAUCAAAGAAAGAUACACGCUUCAACAACGUUUCGAAAUUGUUGAAUUAUUUCAUCAAAAUCGGUGCUCAUUUGUGAAUACUAAGAGAAAUUAGAAAAAUUCAUGGACGACCGCAUUCAGUUAAUUUGCAAAUUAACAUUGAUUUAAAAAAAACAAUUCAACAAUUUUUAAACGUUAUGGAAAGAUAGAUAUUAUCUUUCCAUGAUUAAAUUUCAUACACAAAUGACUUGAGACAAAUUAUGGCCAUUUCAUCAUUCCUAUUUGAAAACCCCUACAUAUCGAGUUUAUAUACUGUAGUAUAAUUUACACUAAUUAGGUGAUAACUUGCACCCUGUCCAACAUUUGUAAUGGCAUGUCUUUACCGUUAAUGUUUUUUGGAACAACCAAUUUAGUAGCUGUGUAAAUUCAACUGGCUUUUCUAAUUUUUUGUCAUAUUAACUUCUCUUUCCUAGAUAUACGUUACUUUUAAUGAAAUCCAUUUAUUUAUACUGAAAAGAAUACCAAUCCAAUUUUAUUCGCAAAAACGUUGGGAUAGAAAUUUCAGUUAUAAGAAAAUGCAUAUUAUAUUCAUUCGUUCAUCUAUUAAAUAUUAUCUAUAGAAUAAGUUCCUUAUUUUUCUAAUGAUAAAACAACACAAUAUCCACAUUUUGAGGAAUAAAUAAAAGUUUAUUGUGGUGAGGCAUCUCACUCGAACAUAUUGGCUAUCAAAUAAGGCUUAGAAUGAAUUAUUGGGACUGAAAAAUGAAGCAAAAAAAGAACCAACAUGUAAUGGCAAAAUUUGAUGACUAUGUAAUUUGACUGUUCAUGAAUGUUUGAAGAGUCUUACCCUUCCUGAAUCAGUGAAAUUUGUUAGAAAUAAAAAUGAAUUGACUGAGUUAGAAAAACUCGAAAUAUCCUUCCCCUAUUUAAAUUUGAUAUUGACAUAUCAGUAGUAUUUUUAGAGCUUCAAAAAAUGUAGAAUUCAUAUUGUGAAUGUACUUAAUGUAAGUGAAUAUAGAUUUGGACAAUAAUUUAUCAUUUUCUGAAAUGUUGAUCAUGCAUAAACAUAUCUGAAAUUCGUCAUCGCUAUUUUCAUUCAUUCAAAUUUAGGAAUUUUUAUGUUUUUUUUUAUGUUGAGAUGCUUCAACAUUGGAAUCCCUCUAAUACAAGGAAAUAUUGAUAACCAAAAUCAUCGAUAGUUUUAGUUUGUCACUAAAAAAUGGUUAAUUUCUUGACAGAUAAUGUUGCAUUUAAAAAUCCAAUCCAGAAACUUCCUAAUAAAUUAAAUGAAAAGUUGAGAAUAUCCUCCCAAAAAUAUAUCCGUAGAAAUAGUUGUUCUGUAUAUAAUGACUAAAAUAGACUCUUUUAGCUUUCGCAACAUUGUGCCCUCAAAAAAUGUUUGUCUUCUCUUCCAUGACAACAAGAGAUAUUAUCAAAAUUAUUGAUUAGGUAUAUUUGACUAUGUUUCAAAGAAGUUCAUACAUCGUAUUAGUGGGUAACCGUAUAUUUUUUAUCAGAAAUUGAAGGUGGUUUUUAUAGAUCUUUGUAUGAAAGUAGACCAAUUUGUAGAAUAGUUUCAGUUGAUGAGCUGAACCUACGAAACCAAUUUUUUUAGUACAGAUUUGAACAUGUUUCUCCUAGAAGAACUUUUAUAAGAUGAUUUUUCAAGAUAUCUAAUAGAUUUAUCUGAUUAGUUAGUUUUAGAUAUAUGUAUUUGUGAAGUGAGAACAAAAUAUAUAAAUGAUAAAAUUCUACAGACUUUGGAAUUUGCAGAAAUGGUACAUUCACUUCGGUGAAUAUUGAAAUGAAUAUUUUAUUGUUACUCUUCACUCAGAAAUUAUAAAUAAUUCGUAUUCAGUGUGCCAUAUAAAUAACUUCCAUAUACCACUCACAAAGUAGAAAAAUUCAAUACAGGAAAACUGAAAAAAAUAAUCUGAAAAGUAAAUUUCAGUAAAUUGAUGUAUUGAUAUUAAAAAUU